AUGACAACUUCAGGCGUUGGAGAAGACAAAUACCGUACUUACUUGUAUGGAGAAGAAGAGAAGAACACCAAAUGGAGGUUUGGUUCCCCUCCAAACUAUGAUGCUGUCAACAAACUCUUUGAAGAAGGCAGGACUAAGGUUUGGCCAUCUGGAUCACUUGAAGAAAAAGUGCAGAACCUUGUAAAGACAUGGGAAAUGGAGAUGUUCCACAAGACAUGCUUUGAUGAUUAUAAAUCAGUUGAUCCAAAGAAGUAUACUUUUAACCUAAACGGAAGGAAACCUGUUACUUUGGAAGAAAAGCGCAAACUUGGCGGAGGCUACAACAACUUUCUGCAGACCAGCUUACCGGAGAAGUUCCGGGUUUAUAACCCUGCAGAGGAAACUGUGGAUUCAGCUCAUGUGGCUUUUACAACAGCAUUCCCUCGCGGGUUUGCUUUGGAGGUUCUCCAAGUUUAUUCAGGGCCACCAGCGAUUGUGUACAAGUUCAGGCACUGGGGUUAUAUGGAGGGUCCUUUCAAGGGCCAUGCUGCAACUGGGGAAUUAGUAGAACUUUAUGGAAUGUCUAUUUUUGAGGUGGAUGAACAUAUGAAGGUUGUGAAGGUAGAGUUCUUUAUGGACCGCGGAGAAUUGCUUGGAGGUCUUAUGAAAGGCUCUAGCUUGGAUGGUUCAACUGCAGAGGCAGCAGCUUCAACCUGCCCUUUCUUCAGGGGCACAGGGUAG